UUUCAGCUUGUUUAUCAUCUGUUUCAUCUCAUCUUCUUGGAGGAAAUUUCUCGGUAUCCUUUUGAAUGACUUGAGGAGUCACUAUACUAUCGUUUAUACCACCGCUGUACACUUGCAGUUUCUAUACUCUCCCAGGUGGUUGCCUAGUGGUUAUACUUCACUUCAAAAUGCGCACAUCCGUCAAGCCGUCGUUAUAUCCACCGCUUCCCUUCCAUCUUCUCCGCCUGGUCAUCUUCGUCUCCUCGCUGACUGUGGCAAUUAUCCUGGCCGACUUUGCCUACCAUCUACACUCCAGUGGAUACAAGUUCCCCUGGGCGUUCUUAAUACUUAUUAUAUCCGCCGUCCUCUCCCUAGUGAACCUCAUCCUGACAACAAUCGUCCACUGCUUCUAUGGCCUCUCCCCCCGCCUCUCGAUGGGCCUGAACGGCAUCCUGCUCGUGCUUUGGGCCAUCUCCCUCGGCCUGCUAGCCUGGUGCAUGUCCCACACCAUCCUGACAACCUGCACAGCCACCUACUGGGCGACCUCGAGCGGAAUCUCAGUCUGCAGAACCUACAAGGCUCUUUUCGCCUUCACCGCGCUCGGCGUGGCGUCCUACAUCGCUUCCAUCGCGCUGGAUAUCGUCGUGCGGAUUCGCCAAACCCGUCUGGGGAACUAUGAUCCCAUGGCCGUGUCGGAAUCGCAUCAUAUGCUCUCCGGUAUAGGAGCUGGGAACGCCAAACUCCACGACCGGAGCAGCAGUGCCUUGUCUUCUCCUUUCGAUCCAAAUAACCACGUUACUACUCCUGCUGGUGGCGGCUAUUCGACCGACGAACACCACCCGUUCAGCGCCCAUAUGGACGACAACGACGAUGACAUUUACCAUGCUGUCCCGGCGCCGGGAAGGGGCGGGCACGCUCGUACCCUCUCGGAAGAUUCAGAUGUCGGGAACCCGUAUUACUCGGAUCGUGGAAUGGGGCAUACCAGAUACGACCCGGGCGCGUACCGUUGA